AAGAUAGUUUCACUACUGAGACUUGAGAGCAUAUUCUACUACCACACCUGAGCUUAGAAUCUUGCCUUCUCCUCACAUUUUCAUUUUUUGAUAUUCAAGAAAUCUUACGUUAUUUCCAUUUCCUAAUAAAUUAGAGAUCGACAGGGAAGAGACAGUGCUCCGGGACACAAGCCACUUCAAGGGUGAAGUUUUUAUAAGAAUGAAGCCAUGCAUGACGAAUCUAAGACAAAUGAUUCAACCAAUGUUGAAUUUCCAAAGGAUAUCCGCCGGUUUAAACAUGGUCGACGUUCCGUUUUUCCGGCCCAAAGACAAGGUUGUUUUCAUCAUGGGAGCCACCGGAACAGGCAAAUCUCGUCUCGCCAUCGACCUUGCAACUCGUUUUCCGGCUGAGAUCGUAAACUCUGACAAGAUCCAAGUCUAUAAAGGUUUAGACAUCGUCACCAACAAAGUCACUCCAGAGGAAAGCCUUGGCGUUCCUCACCACCUCCUCGGCACCGUGGAAAACACUCACGAGGAUUUCGCGGCGGAGGAUUACCAGCGUGAAGCACUCAGAGCAGUUAAAUCAAUCGUAGAGAGAAACCGUGUCCCGAUCAUAGCUGGUGGUUCUAAUUCUUACAUUGAGGCUUUAGUCAACAAUUGCGUUGACUUCCGAUUAAGGUACAAAUGUUGCUUCUUGUGGGUUGAUGUUGAUAGACCGGUUUUGAACUCAUUUGUCUCGGACCGGGUAGAUAAGAUGGUCGAGAUGGGACUCGUCGACGAGGUUCGCCGCAUCUUCGAUCCCUCGUCAUCAGAUUACUCCGCCGGGAUCCGCCGGGCAAUCGGAGUUCCAGAGCUGGACGAAUUUCUCCGAGCGGAGCUGUGUACUUAUCCGGCGGAGACGACGGAGAAGCUUCUUGAGACGGCGAUCAAGAAAAUCAAGGAGAACAACUGUUUGCUUGCAUGUCGGCAAUAUCAGAAGAUUAAGAGGCUUUACAAGCAGUGGAAGUGGAACAUGCGCCGUAUCGAUGCGACGGAGGUUUUCCUCCGGCGAGGGGAAGAAGCCGACGAGGCUUGGGAGAACAUGGUGGCUCGACCUAGCGCACUCGCCGUCGACAGGUUUCUUAAUUACAGCAACGAUCACCAUUUGGAAGGGGACGAUAUUCUAUUACCGGAGAUCUCCGCUGUUCCGCCGCUUCCAGCCGCCGUGGCAGCGAUUUCGCGGUAAAAAAAUAUAUAACAGGAAAUGAAGCAAUGGAUAUGGUGUGGAAAAAAGGACUAUUAUAUGCCACGUGGCGAGAUUGUUGGAAAGGUCUAGAGCUAUGACAAUGCCACGUGGUUAUAUUGGUCUUUGUCGGAGAAGAUGAUCUUUUAUUACAUAAAGUGUGUGUGUUACGGUUAAACGGAAUCAGUUUUGAGGGACCUAAAGUGCACGCGCGGGGCGGAUGCUGACGGGUUCUCCUUUUGUUCCGGUAUACUAGUACUUAGCUACGAUGUAGUGCGGAAUAGUGUACGAUUAUACGGUGGAUAGUCAGUUAGAACAUGAUUAACCCGGAAAUUUUAGA